CUCUCCCGACUGCACGGACAGGCCUGGAGCAGCAGGAUCAUGGGGAAAUCUGACCUCUCCUUCCUUUGAUCAUCACAACAGCUUAAUCCCAGGAUGUCCUCACCUGCACGGGGAGACGGAAGAGAUGGAUGGAGACUGCUUCUCCCACACUGAAGUUGCAGAUGGACCAAGGCCAGGCGCUGCAGAGAGGUGAGAUGUGGCUGCUGCUGGUGGCCCUGGCCCUGGCCCAGGGGCUGGGUGACGCCGUCCCACGCAUCGGAGUGAGCCACCACAACCCCGAGCAGUCCAUGAACAUCAGCCAGAAGAUCUAUUUCCACGGGUAUCCCAGUGAGGAGUACGACGUGCUGACAGAGGACGGCUACUUCCUCAGCCUCAACCGUAUUCCCCAUGGCAGGGGGGAUGCUGGGCACUCAGGAUCCAAGUCACCUGUGUUGAUAGUGCACGGGUUCAGUUUAGAUGGUGGUGACUGGGUGGACAACCUACCCAACAACAGCCUGGGCUUCAUCCUUGCAGACGAGGGGUACGAUGUCUGGAUCGGAAACAACCGGGGCAACAGCUGGUCCCGCCGGCACCUGAACCUUUCUGUCGACCAAGAGGAGUUUUGGGAUUUCAGCUUCCAUGAGAUGGCUGUGUAUGACCUCCCUGCCAUGGUGGAAUUCAUCCUAAGGCAAACUGGGCAGGAGAAACUGUUCUACAUUGGGCACGCUCAGGGCAACUCUCUGGGUUUCAUAGCGUUUUCAAGCAUGCCACAUGUGGCUGAGAAAAUCAAAGUCUUCUUUGCACUGGCUCCUCUCUACACCUUUCAUCAUGUCAAAGGCCCCGUGCUAAAGAUAGCAUUUUUACCAGAUGCGGUGCUGAAGGCAACAUUUGGAACAAAACAGCUGACUUUGGUGGGGAGGAAGGAGAGAGCUAUCCUUGCAGAGAUAUGCAGCAACCCGCUAAUAGCUCAAUUCUGUGAAAGUGUGAUCUUCAUUAUUGGCGGGUGCAACAAGAAGAACUUGAAUGUGAGCCGACUGGAUGUAUACCUAGCUCAUUUUCCAGACUAUACAUCAGUAAAAACUCUUCUCCACUGGGGACAGACUGCCAAAACUGGGGAGUUCAAGCAGUUUGACUACGGGAAGAGUAACCAGGAGAAGUACCAUCAGGCUACUCCCCCCUUUUACCGGAUAGAAGACAUGACGGUGCCAACUGCACUGUGGAGCGGUGGGCAGGACUGGGUGAAUCCCCCUCUGGAGACUCAACGUUUGCUCCCCCGCAUCACCAACAUUGUUCAUCACGAGCACUUCCCCGACUGGAACCACUUCGACCACCACUGGGGUCUGGACGCCCCUCAGCGUAUGUACAGGCAGAUCAUUGCUCUAAUGGACCAAAAUCCAUGAACAGUCCCACGCGCUGCCCCGGCAUGGAGGAGCCACCCAUUCCCACACCCCUAGGGGCAUGGGUUUUGUGUGAGGGCUGCCACUCUGCUCUUCACUUCUUAAAAAUGUCUCCUAUCACCCUAUUCAACACUGAUUUAAUGCCUUAAACGUAACGGUGUAAUUUCUGCCUGCCCUCUGUGACUAGAAAUUGCAAUAAACUCUUGUAUCACAGCCAAA